CACCGAUAUCUGUAGUACGUUAAACGAGUGGGUGGGAACUACAUUAACUAGCUCCUCGUCUCUAAAGUGGACUUCGAGAUCAAGCGUCAUUCGGCGGCAUGUCCCCAGGACAGGAGUCGACUGUUGCGCGCAAGGAAAAGUAGCCUCGUCUGGGGUACAGGGGAUCUAUGGAGACUUGAAAGUCUGACGGAAGGACACGGAGAACGUCAGGUUCUUCUGUGUUGCCACAGGCAGGCAGGGCACCAGAUGACUGGUGUGUACUGGGAGUAGGGCUUUCAGUCGCUGCGCUGCAUUGGAGCACAAUUCACAGCCAUGCAGCAGGUGCUGGAUAACCUGAGAGACAUGCCUCCCACCACGGGGGCCAAAGACAUCGACCUCCUCUUCCUCAAGGGAAUCAUAGAGAGCCCCAUAGUCCGCUCCCUCGCCAAGGCACAUGAGAGGCUGGCGGAUGUGAAGCUGGAGGCUGUGAGAGACAACAACCAGCAGCUGGUCGCAGAGAUCCUAGACUCCCUCACAGGACUGAGUAGUAGAGACGCCUCCGCUGAGGAACUAGCCAACAUCCUCCAGGAACCACACUUCAAGUCUCUGAUUGAGGCCCAUGACAAGGUGGCAGCUAAAUGUUAUGAGAUGCCGUCGGAGGUGAACAGUAAUGCCAUGGCGACCGGCCCACUCAUGCCCACUGACACCGUCAGGAUAAUUGGCAUUCAGAAGAAGGCUGGCGAACCACUGGGCGUGACGUUCAGGGUGGAACGCGGGGAGCUGGUGAUCGCCAGGAUCCUGCACGGCAGUAUGAUCGACCGGCAGGGCAUGCUGCACGCGGGCGACGUGAUCAGGGAGGUGAACGGGCGCGAGGUGGGGAGCGAUCCCAAGGAGCUGCUGGAGCUGCUGAGGGACUGCCAGGGGGGCGUCACCCUCAAGAUCCUGCCCAGCUACCGCGACACUCCAGCACCCCCACAGGUGCAUCUGAAACCCCACUUUAACUACAGCCCAGCCACAGACAACCUGAUCCCCUGUAAGGAGGCUGGCCUGGCCUUCUCUAAAGGAGAUGUUUUGCACAUUGUCAACAGAGAGGACCCUAACUGGUGGCAGGCAGUCAACAUUGUGGGAGGAGCCACAGGACUGAUCCCCAGUCAGUUCUUAGAGGAGAAGAGGAAGGCCUUUGUGAGGAGAGAAUGGAAUGGAUCAGGUGUUCUCUGUGGGACACUAACAGGAAAGAAGAAGAAGAAGAAGAAGAUGAUGUACCUGAUGUCCAAGAAUGCAGAGUUUGACCGCCACGAGCUGCAGAUCUACGAAGAGGUGGCCAAGAUGCCUCCAUUCCAGAGGAAGACCCUGGUUCUGAUUGGUGCUCAGGGAGUGGGCCGGCGCAGCCUGAAGAACAGACUGAUCAUCAUCAACCCCCUAAUCUAUGGAACCACCGUCCCCUUCACGUCUCGGCCUGCUCGGGAGGAGGAGAGAGACGGCCAGUCGUACUGCUUUGUGUCUCGGUCCCAGAUGGAGACAGACAUUAAGGCCCGUCGCUACCUGGAGCAUGGAGAGUACGAUGGAAACCUCUACGGAACCAAGAUGAACUCCAUCCACGAGGUGGUGGACGCAGGACGUACCUGCAUACUGGACGUUAACCCACAGGCGCUGAAGCAGUUGAAGACAGCAGAGUUCAUGCCGUUUGUGGUGUUUGUUGCUGCUCCACAACUGGACACACUAAGAGCUAUGCACAAAGCCGUGGUGGACGCUGGACUCACCACCAAACUGCUCACGGAGACAGAUCUGAAGAAGACGGUGGAUGAGAGCGCCAGGAUCCGCCGGGCCUACAGCCACUACUUUGACCUGACCAUCGUUAACGACAACCUGGACAAGGCCUUUGAGCAGCUGCAGGCGGCCGUGGAGCAGCUGUGUUCUGAGCCCCAGUGGGUCCCUGUCAGCUGGGUGUACUGAGAGACACAGCCUGGUUAGGCUGCUCCCUACUGGGCUGGAGGACACGCUGCCCGCUGCUGGGCCCAGGGGCACAUGGAGACUUGGAAGAGGUUGUCCCUAACCACCACGGUUGGGGUCAAUUUUAAUUCUGGAAUUUCAGGAAGUAGAUGAACUACAAUUCUACAUUUUUCCCAUUGAGGAAAAGUGGAAUGUCAGUGAACUUCCUAAAUUGACCCCUACAGGGAUGUGAGAGCUAAGGACCCAUUGAGACUUAUGUUUGUAUGGGACUUUACCAUGCAGCCCCAGUGGAGCCUAGCCUCACCCUGUCUAGCACCACCCCGCCUAGCCUUACCUAGCCUAGCCCCACCCCACCUAGCCUCACCUAGCCCCACCCUGCCUAGCCUCACCUAGCCCCACCCCGCCUAGCCCCUCCAGGCUCAGUCUGCUCUGCACCACAGGCCCCAUCUGUACACUAUGCAACUCUCUGGAUAUGUCCAAAAUAGCACCCUAUUCCCUAUGUAGUACACUACUUCUGACCAGCACUACAUAGGGAGUAGGGAGCCAUUCGGAAUAGAACCAAUGUUCACAAUACACAAGAAUAACUUUAUUUAUUGAACAUAGUUUUCUAACUUUAACUUGACUACCUUUCUGUUCAUAUGGAUAUGGAACGAGAAACAAAAUCAUGGAUUUGAGGAUAUUUAAAAAAUAUUUAAUGUUUUAUUUUAUCACUGUUGGUUGCUCACAACUACUACAAUAUUUCUCAUAACGUUUAGAACAAUAAUACAAGUGUAUUUAUUCUGAAAGGAGAUGUGAAGAGGGCUUGUUUUGUGACGAUACCUCAGUGUGUUAAAACUCUUCUCAGUUUACAUUGCAUACAAUCCUUCAUCUCCUGGCGUCGUGUCCCAAAUGGCACCCUAUUCCUUAUAUAGUGCACUACUUUCACCGGAGCCUUAUCAGCCCUGGUCAAAAGUAGUGCACAACAUAGAGAAUAGGGUGCCAUUUGGGACGCACAACCGGUCUCACAUCAUCUCUGAACCCUCCAUGUAGAAUAACAGCCAUGUUCUCUCUUUAAGGCAGACUAAGGGCUGAGAGAGAGGUGGUAAUAUCACACCACAUCUGUGAUAUAAAGGUCUUUGUUGCUGUUUCUUGGAUGAGACCAUAAUGUAGGCUAUACAAUCCCCCCCCCCCCCCUCCCCUCCUUGUUACGCCGCUUUCUGUGUUACGAGAUUGUGAAUGGUUUCAUUAAAGGCUGACUCAGCGAGAUGUCGUUGCACAAAGUUAACACCACCCUGCCUAGCCUCACCUAGCCCCACCCUGCCUAGCCCCGCCUAGUUAACACUUAGUGGAUCAAUUUCCUCCACAACUAGGGAGCAUGGACCACGAGGUUAAACUACUCCGCUGUUUUGGUCCUGUAGCUACCACGUUGUAGCAGCGUGAAGCGCGAGGUUAAACUACUACGCUGUUUUGGUCCAGUAGCUACCACGUUGUAGCAGCGUGAAGCGCGAGGUUAAACUACUACGCUGUUUUGGUCCUGUAGCUACCACGUUGUAGCAGCGUGAAGCGCGAGGUUAAACUACUACGCUGUUUUGGUCCAGUAGCUACCACGUUGUAGCAGCGUGAAGCGCGAGGUUAAACUACUCCGCUGUUUUGGUCCAGUAGCUACCACGUUGUAGCAGCGUGAAGCGCGAGGUUAAACUACUCCGCUGUUUUGGUCCAGUAGCUACCACGUUGUAGCAGCGUGAAGCGCGAGGUUAAACUACUACGCUGUUUUGGUCCUGUAGCUACCACGUUGUAGCAGCGUGAAGCGCGAGGUUAAGCUACUCCGCUGUUUUGGUCCCGUAGCUACCACGUUGUUACAGUAUGAAGUGUACAUGCUUUGUGUGACUGUAUCUCACUUCAUCUCUAUCUUCGUUGCAACGUCAUCUCGAGGAGUCUACUUUUAAUUCCAUUGUAUCGUCAGCGGACGGUCUCCCAGUUGGGUCAGUACUCUGUCAGUACAUGUCUCUGUAUGGUGCUGUGUUUAAUGUUGGAAUAAUACUUCCAGGAUACUGGACCUUGACAGCGUACUGCAUCUGAGAACUAUCCCUUUGUGAUAUUACUGAAACUUAACCAACUGCCAUAUCUACUUUAAAGUUAUAUAUUUUACAAUUUCAACAGAGCAAAACAUUGUAUUUUUCAGAUGUGUCAAAUAAAUAGACUCUUUUUUUUUUUACAACUUGUACUUAUCUCAGGUCAUAUCUAUCAUAUCCAGAGUGUGUAAAAAAAAUGUGCCUUAAUUUAUUUCACAGAAGGGUACAUUUGUUUAUUUAAACAAAUCAUAUUUCAACGGUGUAAUUGUCUCCCAUAUUAGUCAAUAGAAACAACCAUUUGGCUUAGUUCAUUAAAUGUCGGUAGUUACAGUGCCUUCAGGAAGCAUUCACAACCCUCAACUUUUCACAUGUAGUUGUUACAGCAUGAAUUGGUUGUUUAUUUACAUUCAGAUUGCAUCACUGGCCAGCACAUAACACCCCAUCAUGUCAAAGUGGAAUUGUUUAUUUUUAGAAAUUAACAAAAAAUUAAAAGCUGAAAUGUCUAGAGUCAAUAAGAAUUCAACCCCUUUAUGGCAAGCCUACCAAGACAGUGGCCAAGUUACAAUUUUAACUUAAAUCUAUGGCAAUACCUGAAAACGGUCUAGCAAUGAUUAACAACCAAUUUGACAGAGCUUGAAGAAUUUAGAAAAUAAUGUGCAGAUGUUGCACUAUCCAGGUGUGGAAAGUGCUUAAGACUUACCCAGAAACACCUGUAAUCACUGUCAAAGGUGCUUCUACAAAAUAGUGACUCGGGUGUGAAAACUCAUGUAAAUUAUAUAUUUCAUUUAAGUAAAUUUGAAACCAUGUUUUCACUUUUAUUAUGGGGUAUUUGUCUAGAUGGGUGAGGGGGAAAACAUCUAUAUAAUCCAGGCUAUAACAAAACGUGUAGAAUAAGUCCAUGGGGAGAAAUACUUUCUGAAGACACUAUAACAAACAUGUAAAGUUUUGGUCCCAGGUUUCAUGAGCUGAAAUAAAAGAUCCCAGACAUGU